UGUACCUGCUUUUUGAAAGCGCUUUGCAGCCCUCGCAUUGGCUGGGGGGGGGGGGGAGCCACCGCGUCUCCCCAGUAACUUGACCCGAGGCGCACAGCGAAUGCAACCUGAAAAGUCCGGAGCAUGGCAAGGUCCCUGCCCCCAGCCUCUGACACCCAAUCAGGCUGCGGGGGGGGGGGGGAAGGUCCCUGCCUCUCUAAGCCGCUUCUCCCCGAGCAAAGAACCGUCUGUAUUCAGCAGCAGCCGGGUAAGACGGUGGGGGAAGCCUCUUGUGUAGUGGAUCUGUGCUGUGCUUUCUCUCCUUCAGUGCUGGAGGGGGCCCCGCCUCCCCUCCCCUCCCCAGAAGUAGGUGGGACCAGUUCAAGCCCUGUAGCUGAGCUCCUGCUUUCUGAUGAUUGUGCCAUUAGAGGAAUGCUCCUUCGCUCACCACCUCUUGUCAUGACAUUUUUUACGUGCAGUUUACAAUGGUAUUGACAUCAUCCGGAGAGCAGCCUCGGAAUUAACGCCAAACAAACAACCGGAGGGACGGGUUUCUAUUUCACAUGUUAUUCAAAAAACCAGCUCCCUAGCUCAGCAGCUGUGGUGUGGACAGGGAUCGGAUGAGGAAAGCUGGGUCUGCACUGGAGGAAUGAAUGGUGCCCUUAUUAUUUUAUUUGUACUGUUUAUUGGAAAUCGAUGGGUUUGGGAUUUUUGUAGAGGAACAAGUGAAAUGAGCAAAUCCAAGAAGAUUGACCAUUGCUGAUUAGCCUCCACUUAGUGUUGUGUUCACCUAGGGUAAGUUGAUUGAUUCACUUUGGAGACUUAAUUAAAAGCAUUGUAAAGCUUUGAAUCGGAUCUCUCCCUUUUUUGAUUUUUGAUAUGGGGGACAAAUCUUUCAAGGUGAAUUUGCUGUUUUUUUUCUUGCCCCAUCCUCUCUGAAGAACUAUAAUUUUCUCCAUGCCCAACAUGUUACAGUAAAUUUUAGUUCUAGAAAACAGUGUUUAUUAUUAUUAUUUUAUUUUAUUAUUUUAUUUCAUUUUAAAAGAAACAGUAUCUAGACUCAAAUAUGGCAAAAAAUUCUGUAGAAGGGUCCAAGGAAGACCUGAGCAAAAUUUCAGAAGAGGAGAUGAUGAGAUGGAGCAAGGAAGAGCUGGUGAAAAGAUUGAGGAAAGUAGAAAAUGAAAAAAUGAACUUAAUGGUGGAACAUGGCAACUUAAUGAAGGAUGUAAACAGGAGGCUGCAGGUUCAUCUGCAUGAGAUCAGGGGGCUGAAGGAGGUGAAUCAGAAAUUACAGGACGAUAAUCAGGAACUGAGAGAGCUCUGUUGCUUCUUGGAUGAUGACCGUCAGAAAGGCAAAAAGCUGUCCAGGGAAUGGCAAAGGUUUGGGAGGCACACGGCCAGUGUGAUGUGGAAAGAAGUUGGGAUAUAUCAACAGAAGCUGAAGGAGCUAGAGGCAAAGCAGGAAUCCCUCAUGAGGGAGAACAUGGAGCUGAAGGAGAUAGUCCUCAUGCUAGAUGAAGAGAGAAAUGGAGCUGGCUCUAGGAGCUCUAUAGACAGCCAAGCCAGUUUGACCAAUUUGAAUGGGAGCUCUGGCACCAGGGAUGUGGGGGAUGGUAGUAGCACCUCCAGUACUGGGAGCGCAGGGAGCCCAGAUCAUCAUCACCUUCACCUCCACCAUCACAAACCUGUUGAGAAUAAGGCUGGAGCAAUAAGGAGAUCUAUGGAUGACUUGUCUGUACCUGUUCACCACAGGAGUAUCCCCAAUGGUCUCAAUGAUUCAUCUUCCAACUACAUCAGGCAACUUGAAACAAAAGUCAAACUGUUGGAGGAUGACAACAAACUCCUUUCUCAGCUGACUGACCGCAACAGCUUGCCAAGAAAUUUCAUUAAGCAAUCUAGCUCUGGGGAUUUGAGGACUCUAAGAAAAGGGUUAUCGCCGUACCAUUCUGAGUCACAGCUGUCAUCGCUGCCGCAGUAUCAGGAUGCCAUGCAAAAUGGCCCAGCUCGUACGGCUCCUGAUUUUGCUUCCUCUCCUGUGGCAGGAUAUGUGCCUGUGGGUCAGAAGCCAGAGGCUGUGGUGCAUGCUAUGAAGGUCCUUGAAGUCCAUGAAAAUUUGGACAGGCAAAUGCAAGAUAACUAUGAAGAAGACCUGAGUGAAAAGGAGAAAGCAAUUGUUCGUGAAAUGUGCAAUGUUGUCUGGCGAAAGUUGGGUGAUGCAGCAAGUUCCAAACCAUCCAUCAGGCAACACCUUUCAGGAAACCAGUUCAAGGGGCCAUUGUAGGAACAUCACUGAAAACUAGAAGCAACUCUAUAAAGAAUCAGAGAGGAAGAGAGCUCUGUUUCUAGCAGCCAGUUGGGCUUUUUGUUUUUUUUUUUGGUAACUGUCUAUAGUGUAAAUAUGGAAGCUAAAGGCUUAGCCUCCAGGCUAUGAUCUGGAACCAACGCUAAAUGGGUUAACCAUCCUAUAAUCGCAGACUUGUGUCACUUGUAUUGUAGUGCAAACCUGCUUUGUUGUAUGGUCUCUGUAGAAUUACCUAACAAGAGAAUUUCUAUGAGGAAAAAAUGGAACCCUAACCUGUGGAGAAGUUAUUUUGUAUUGCUUCUGUCCACCUGCUGCUUAAUUGAUUCAUAACUAGGCUGGUGGCUCUAUGUAGCAUGUUUUUGGAUUCUCCCAAGGAAACAAAAAUCUGAAUCAGGUGGCUUAUUGGCUGUCCCUUUACUGAGCUGCUAAAAUUGCUUGAAGGUCCUUAUUUUUGGAGGAUGAUAUGCAACUAUUUUCAAGAGCGAUCAUAAAAAAUACUUUGUGGAAUGAUAAAACACUGAAAGCACCUUGUAUGUUGUACCGUAUUGACCAUGACACAGGUCCAUCGCAGGCAUGCAGAAUAGCCUGAGCCUCCAUUUCAGCUGCUUGUGACCUGAUUUUAAUGGAACAAAUGAUACUUAGAAGAUUUCUGCAGUCAUAAUGUGAAUAAUUUUAAGUCAUUUAGCCACAAUCCAGUAUGAAUAUGGUAACGCUGUUCCUGUAAAGCUCUUACUGUUAAAUACUUAGGCAAGAACAGCUUUCCUACCAAUGUGGCUUACAGUUUUGACAAGAGAAGUUUCUCUCUUGGAUCCUAGUAUUUCAGUCUUGAUAUUCACUCACAUAAUAAGGAUUUGUUUUGUAAUGUCCUUGUGGAAAUACUGAACUAAAUUGGUUACUUCAUGAUGUAACCAAAGCAACAGCCCUUCAAAGCUGUGUAAAUGCUAUAUCAACAGAAACUGUCAAAUGAGGCUGCUGCUGCCAUUUAAGCUUUAUUUUUGUUGAACCAAAAUGGAGUGUUUUUUUCCUUCUAAUUGCUGUAUAUAAAAAUAAUGGGACUUAUAUUUUGGCAUUGUGGAGUAGCUGCUUGUGGAGCUGUAGUAAGAGGUUGACCCCAUCUUGUCACAAGAUCUGGCCCUGUGUUUCAUGAGAUGUUCUUUCCCUUCCCCCCCCCCAAUAGUCUAUGGGAAACUGGACCGUUAGUAAACCUGCCCUUGUAAAAUAAAAUAAUCUUAACAGUACAUGCAUGUAGACUCAAUGCCACCUCUUCAAAAAUGGCAUUGGUUUUGGUGCUUAGUUUGAAGCUUUAAUGUUGCCACUUUAGAAAAAUCAAUCACAGCUACCUAAAUGUAGAUGAAUUAGUUGGAGGUUGUUACUAUUAGAUCCAUUUGUUUUGCAUUAGCGGAGUUCUUGACUCUGAUUAGCGUGAAACACCUACAAAUAACAGAGAAGUAAUAUAAAGAAAAUGAAAAUUAAGCAGUAAAUCACUAUAGAUUAAGAAUGGACCCUAGUAGCUGAGAUCAGUGAGUUAUUAGAAACUCCCUCAAUAGCAGUUCACUUCCCCCUAAAGCAUACCAGAGCUGACUAACUGUAACUCUAUACUAGGUUUAUGCAGUCUGUGUAGCCUGGCAGAAACUAUCCUAGAAAAUGGCACAUAGUCUACCUUUUGAGUUGACCUCUAGAGCAUUCUGAAUUUCCUCCUUAGCUUUUCAUUCUGACCAUUUUCAGCCUGUUCCCAUCUAUACUAUCCAUCAGUUUCUUUUCUUUCUUACUCAACUAUUUUCUUCAUAUUAAGGGGAGGGGAAAAGCAUGGUUUUUUUCCUUCCAGAAUAAGGCAGCAAAGAAAGGUUUAAUUUCCCCUCUGAGCUAUAAAAUGUAUAUAUAGCUGCUUAAUCAAUCUACUUGAAAGGCCAUUGUAAUCAUGCCAGUGUCCAAACUCUGGAUUGAGUGUUGGGGACAGAAUUGAUUUACUUCAGCAAAUUUUCAACUAAAGCAGCAGAAGUGUUGCCAGUAAAGCCUGAAGUGUUAAUUGUAUUGAUAACGUGCUUGCUGGUUUCUGAGUAGAUUAACCUAACAAAUAAACAUUUAAUGCUCCCUCCCUCUCAACAGGACUGAGAGCUAAACUAGCAAGUUUACUCCUCUCACUGGCUCUGACCUAGUCGUCCAAAUUUACUAUUAAUCAGAUAUAUCUAUCACAAGCCAUUUUGUGGCUUGAAGCAUUGUCUGUAUUCUGGUUUCAUCUGCAGAUCUCAAACUCUUAAAUAAAGGGGAAACAGCACUAAACCUGAGGCGUGUUGUAUGGCUGUACACCCGAGAGAGCUGGCUAAGACGACAGCCAGUCUUUUAGUUAAACCACUGAAGGAUCCUUUAUAUUAGUAGGCUAAAAUUAUAUUUUGUAUGAUUCUACUUGGCAGCAUAAACCCCAAAUGCAAGAUGUGCAUUGUUGAUUUUAUAGAAGUACAUGAGAGUUAGUGCUGUAUGUAUUUUUUUUAAAGUUUGCUACUCUUUGUAUUUAGCUCCAUUUGAGCAAAAAAAAAAAAAAAAAGUGUCUUCCUGGGGGGAAAAAAAAAGACACUCAAUGACAUUACAGAAUGACUUGGGUGCUAAACUUUCAGUUGUCUAAAAAGAUGUUUUAUAUGCACAUUUAAAUUCACUCUUUACUAUGCUCUAGGUGUACUGUGAAAACUACCUGAAAAACUUUGUAUAUUAAGUUUGAGGGAAACCCUCCCCAAAAUGGUGGCCAUUAAGUUGCUAUACAUUGGGCUACUGUCCCCAGUCUAUUUAGAGGCUGCGAAUUCUGCAGCCCCAAGACAAACAAAGCUUCCAUUGACUUCCAACUGAAGUUUUGCUUGCCUUAGGAAAGCAGAAUCAAGCCCUUAAGUUUUCUUUGAGUGACUGAUGUAAACAAGCAUUUUGAAAUGCUGUGGCAUAACCAACUUCAGGUGGCUCAUUGCACCUUUAAUAAGGCUUCUGAGCCCAACCUUGAGACUGGCACAUUUUUAUCCAAAUAUUAUUAGAUAUAAAUCAGUGUUAAAGUGACCUUUUAUCUUUUUAGAAACUGGGUGGGAAAAAAAGUACUACUGAUCUUUUUCAAAGUGCAUGACUGUAAAGUGAUAAAAUUGUAUAUUUUUCAUAAUGUGGGGAAAGUCUAUUUGAACUGCUUUGGGAAAUCAGUUUGACGUUUGAUUUCUGUUAAACCUGUGAUCUUACAGCCCUCCUGUAUAUGAUUUACAAAAGAAACUGGAAUAAAUUAGCACCCACUGUUGUGUACAUAGCAAAAUCUUUAGACAUUAGCACACAUUUAUACCUUUUAUUGAACCACUUUGGCUUUCUGGGGGGGAGAAAAAAUAGUAAUCAGAUUUUUUUGAUAUGUGUAAAACAUUCAUUUGGAAUAUUUUAGUAAAAAUGAAGUAUGAGAUUGUGAUAGUGUAUACUUUCAGUUGAAUAAAAUAAAGUACAUUCUUUGUAA